GUCGGUAAAGUCGAGUGAGAGAGCUUGGAAGCGUUCGGGUUAAGGUUAUGUACUUUUAUUGUUUCGUCAAUUUAUAAUAGCUACUAAUAAUAAUAUUCUAAUAAUAAAUAUUCGUUACGAGCCGUUGAGAUUCCUAUUGAAAUAAACGAAUGCGAGGCAUCUGUUGUGAUUUUGUCUUAAGUAAUUGUUAGUUUUCUGUUUAAUCGAAUUUAGAUUAGUAUUUGUAUAUACAGUUAGUAUUUGUAUUUAAAGGAAGAAAAACGUUCCUUGGAAAGCGUUAGUUUCUUUAUCCGCUGACUGUAAAAUUAAUCAAUAUCUUCCUUUGAAAGCAUCGUUAUACUCUGAUAAAAUAUGAUACUCCUAAGAGGACUAACUUGUAUCUUACUUAGGCGAUAUCCAAUAACAAGAGUAUCUAGUAAUUCUUAUUUUUGUUGUUAUAACGUUGUAUUUAAUGUUAAACAAUGUCAAUGGUAUUCUACGAAAAGGGAUGUAACUAAGAUAGAUUCCAAGGAUACUAGAAACAAAGUAAGCACGGAUUUUGUGGAAGUAGUUAAGCAGAAUACAAUAUCUGCCGGAUACCUAGUAAUUAUAGCAGUGGGCAUUACCCUUUCAAUCUAUAUCGGUUAUUCCAUACUAUACGAAUUGUUUUCUAGCAAUAGCCCGUACGGAAUUUACAAUAGAGCUUUGGAUCGUUGUCAAAAGAAUACAAAAGUUUUGGAUGCUCUUGGAGAACCUAUAAAAGUUUAUGGCGAAGGAAGAAGAAGAAGAAAUCAUUUCAGUCAUGGUUUCUACGAAAAAGAUGGAAUGAAAUAUUUGAGAUUGAAAUUCUAUAUGGAAGGGAUAAGACGUAGAGGCACCGUAUAUGUGGAAGCAAAAAACGUGUCCGAUAAUUACGAAUUUACAUAUAUAUAUAUGAAGCUGGAUGAUGUUCUUGGAAGUGUUCUUACAAUAGAACAUAAUGAAGAGUAGGAAUCAGCAGUGGCGACAAAUGAACGUGGCUGCGUUAAUUAAUUGUUUACAAGUCUCGCGAAUUUUUCAGAGAAAAUGAAUUGUACAUAUAGGAGGUAUUAUUUUAUCCAUAGAAUAAUACUCAUAUCGUAUAUGAGUGUUAUUCCUUCAUUAUUCAAGAUAUAUCGUAAAUAAUAUAUGUAAUUAUAUAUAUAUAUAAAAUGUGCUAAUGUCACAUACACGUGUUUUAUCUAGAGAAGAAAUGAUUAUUAAAUUCUUAUAAAUA